AUGAUGGCAUCAGUCGGCGGCUUCGACCGCCCACCACAGCGGGACUCAUGGUUCGCACCGUUUUCCAUCGACCUCUUUCUCAAGGUCCUCAAUGUGACCUUCUUCCACCCCUUCGUGGCCUGGAUGAUCCCCUUGUGCUUCCGCGCCGAGCACAUGGACUGGGACAAGAUCCCGAUGCAGGUCUCCAUAUACUACGCCUGGGCCAUAACCAUCUGGUAUUUCCUGGGCGAGAUCAACAAGCGCGUGGCAUUCGGCCUCCCCCGCGAGGUCAACCUCGAGGACGAGGUCAUUGUCAUCACCGGCGGCGCGAGUGGGCUCGGCCUGCUCAUCGCUGAGGUGUACGGCAUGCGCGGCGCCUCCGUCGCCGUGUUGGACGUGAGGGACCUCGAGAACGGGGAGGCCAGGGGCGUCACGCACUACAAGUGCGACGUCACCGACAAGGCGGAGCUCGCGCGUGUUGCGAGGCAGGUCGAGGAAGAUCUCGGCACCCCAACAGUCCUGAUCAACAACGCAGCUGUCGUGGUGGGCAAGAGCCUCCUGGACAUGGACACCGACGAGAUCGACAAGAGCCUGACCACCAACCUGCUCUCGUGCUUCUACACGCUCAAGACCUUCCUGCCCGCCAUCAUCCGCGGUCAGACUGGCGGAACGGUCGUCACCAUCUCCAGCGUCAUCGGGCAGGUCGGCGCCGCGCAGCUCACCGACUACGCCGCCGCCAAGGCCGGCCUGAUCGCGCUGCACAAGUCCCUGACCGCCGAGCUGAAGCAGUCGCACCCGAACAUCCGGACCGUCCUGGUGACCCCUGGCCAGCUGAGCACGCCGCUCUUCUACGGCGUGCAGACGCCCAACUCGUUCCUGGCGCCCGUGGUCGAGCCCGUGGACAUCGCCAAGGAGAUCAUCAGCGCCAUCGACAACGGCAAGGCCGAGUUCAUCAGCGCGCCGCUAUACGCGAGGAUGAUGGACUGGUACAACGUCUUGCCGCUGAGCCUGCAGACCGUUGUGAGGAGGCUGGCUGGUGUGGAUACCGCGAUGAAAAGCUUCAUAGGCCGCAAGGGCAAUGAGCUCCAUGAGAAGAACGGGAGCCUGAUAUGA